GGCAACAUGUACAAACAGGCUCAGGCUCUAGCUAGCUAACUGGGUCUUUCGUAUAAAUACCCUGUGGCAAGUGAGAAAAACUGAAUCUGAUCGGCUUUACUUUGAUCGGUAUUUCCUGCUUUAAACAUUCGUGCAUUUGGAGAUCCGACACUCGUGCAUCUAUCUUCAUCAUCAUGUCUGGUCGUGGGGGCAAGAAAAGAGGCAAGUCGCUGUCCAAAUCAGCGAGGGCAGGGGUGCUUUUCCCGGUGAGUCGGAUGGGCCGGUACCUUCGUCUCGGAACGCACCAUCAGCGAAUCGGCGCGGGGGCCCCCGUCUACUUGGCGGCGGUCAUCGAGUACCUCACUGCGGAAAUAUUGGAGUUGGCAGGUAAUGCUGCUCACGACAACAAGCGAGGGCGCAUCACGCCUCGCCACAUCCUCCUUGCCAUCGCCAAUGACGAGGAGCUCCACCAGCUGCUCCGCCACGUGACCAUUGCCAGCGGAGGGGUGUUGCCCAAGAUUCACCCUGAGCUGCUUGCAAAGAAGAAAGGACCAAAAUCUAAGAUGCUGUUUGAUUCUCAGCCAACUUCCCCCCAGAUGAGGCCAACGAGCUACAAGACGGCAGCGCAGAAGAAAGACACCCCUUCCACCUCCAAGAAGGGGGCAGCCAAGGCCAAGGCACAGAAGACGCCGCCGCCAAAGAAGGGGAAAACACCAGCCAAGGGUAAAGGGAAGGGCUCAGGAAAGACUGUGCUUUCGGAGAAGAGACUCUUUCUUGGACAAAAGCUGACUGUGGUCCAGUCCAACAUAGCUGAAAUCACGGCAGACGCCGUUGUCCAUCCAACCAACUCAAGCUUCUACAUGGGUGGAGAAGUGGGGAAUGCUCUCGAUUCCGCUGGUGGUAAGGAAUUCAGGGAUGAGAUGAACAAACUCAAGUCAAAUCACGGCAACCUGGAAGUUGCUGGAGCCGCCAUGUGCCCGGGCCACAACUUUCCUGCAAAGUACGUGAUCAGCUGUCACAGCCCGUCGUGGGGUGGUGCAAAUGCCAUUUCUAACCUUGAAAAGUGUGUCAAGAACUGCUUGGCCCUUGCUGAUGAGAAGAAUCUUACAUCUAUCGCUCUGCCGUCUAUCGGCAGUGGGGGCAAUGGGUUCCCCAAACAGACGGCAGCAGAAACCAUCCUCCAGACCAUCAGCAAGUACUUUGUUACCGUCAUGUCCUCGUCCCUCAAGCAGGUGUUCUUUGUCCUUUAUGACCAAGACAGCAUCGACGUGUACACCAGAGAGCUGUCACGGUUGGAGGUAGAUCAGAAUUAAAAAGAAAAGAAAAUGCUUAAGCAGGGAAAAUUUAGUAGGCGGCCUGACCUCAGAACUAUUGCAAGACUUUUAGUUUUUGGCUGAAACUCUGAUUUCCAGAGAAUGAUUUGCAGAUUCAGCCAAGGGCAGUAAAGGGCACCUAUCUCUUGUUAUUCGUUACGAUAUGUGGCCUUUUUAAAAAACCCUGGUCAUGUCCAUUAUUAGGCUACAUCUAAAUCUUUUGUCUAGAGCUAUGUGUUGGUCUAGGUAUCUGCUGAUUGCAAGUGUGCAGAGACAUGCUGACAACAAGUUUUAGCUAUGGAAGCCCAUUUCAGACACUGCCCAAAUCUUGCCUGAUCACAUUCUGCAGCCAUUCUUGUGACUAUGUUGCCCUAAACAAAGUGUGACAAGGUUACCAGGGAAAUAUACCAUCUAUAUGUCGUGAUUCUAAUGCAGUAUGUUGUGAGAUGAAUUUGUCAUGCUUUGUGCAGCUGAGUGCUAAUCCUAAUUGAAUUUGUAAUUAGAAAUUUGAAUUUUGUUUCUUUGUUUCUUUUUUGUUUUAUUUCCAUCGUGACCAGCAUUAACAGGUAUUAUUUCUGUAUGCAUUUUUCUGUCAUUACAAACACAAGCUCCGUUUAAUGUCAUUGGUAAAAGGAUUUGGUUGGAUUUCAAAGUGAAAAGUGAGUGGCAGAAUGAAGACAAGCUUGCAAUAGUCUGUGGUCCAGGGACCUCGAUAGCUAUAUUUCUGUAUUAGAUUUCAUAGUUGAUCAGUUCGGUUGCUUGUUGUAGACUUUUUAGAAUUCUAUGAUAGAGUUAGUAACAGUGACAUUGCAAUCGGUUUGAAUUGUUCUAUUUUUGAUCAUGCUAUGCACAUAGGCUUGGUGUUUGACAGCGGACACUGUUACCUUUUUGCAGUGUUGCUUACUGUAAUGUAGAUUAUUUGUCGCUAUAUUAGAAAAAGUAGUGUGAAAGGUGCAGCAUGUUUCACGGAUUGGCAAGGAAGUUUUUGGCUUGUGCACAUCUCAUUUAUUCUUUUGUUAUGGGGUACGUGCAAAACUUCUGCACUUUUGUUAGCACAGAAUGAUGAUAAGGAGGAUGGAAGUUUUUUUUUUUUGCCAGCUGUGAAAUGGCAACACAUGGAAAGCUGGGUCACCAUGCAAAGUGGUUCUGGUGAUGCCAACUUUUAUUUGGAAGAGGUUGAGAUUCCAAGAUGAUUGAUUAGUGUCGUCCACUGAGUCUGAACUCUGAAGUUUUCAGAAAACUUUUAGCAGACUGUAAAAGACUGUUGUUUCAGGAUUGAUUUGAAUGGGGGCAAGAAUGGAUCUGGAACCAUUUUUUGGGGGGGGCUAGUUAUAUAUUGAAAAUAUAUUGAUUCAAAUGAUCCAAUGGUGUGCAUUGUGACUGGGUAGGGAACAUUUGUUGCCAUAUUGGAGUUAGUUUCAAAGUUGGGGACAGGAAGACAUGUUUACAUCAAACGUUACUUGAUAUUUGUGAGUUUUCAUUUAAUUUUGCUGGUACAUGUAGGUGUAGAUUAGAUGAGAUUGGAUUAGAUUUGACAAUGAACGUGAAAUACGGAUGCCCAUUCUCCUACUCAUUGACACGAUAUGAUUGUAUAUUGGGAAACAAUUUAUUCAAAAUGAUACGAUUUUAUAACUCCCUUUUUGCAACAAAAAAUUGAUUUAUAAAGUUUAUUAAGUAAGUUGUCUGUCUCUUGACGAAGAAAAAAGACUAAUUCCUUGUGUUGAAAUUGUUUUAAAAAUUUUAAUCAAGCACACUUGAAAUGAUUCUUACAUAUCAGAGUGAAAGUUUUUCUUGUACAUAUAGUUUAUCCUACAAAAUGAAUAGCAAACUAAGCAUAGAAUUUUAACCUCAUUAUUUGAGAAGUCGUACACCGAGAAAAGCUUUCAUAAAACUGUUGACUCCAAUGUGAUUCAAGCUUAAUACCAUACAAGUAUUGAAUUGAAGUUAACCUUAAUAAAUUACAGAUAUUUUAAACAGAAAAUUAAUUACAAGUAUUGGAAUUGUUCACAAUAUAUUAAUUACACAUUUGUGUACUGGUUGUUCUCGUGAAAUAACCAUAAUUUACAAGGGAAAGAACUCACAAGUGGGAGUUAAGGAAAUGUUUAUGAAUUAUGCUGAGCGAUAGGAUGAAAUCUAAAUUGUAGGCUGCAUCGAAUGCGAAAAGGUAUAACCUUAAAUUAUUUAGAACGUUUAUUUCAUUUCUCGACUAUUUGCACACUUACAUUGUAGAUUUUUUGAAUUAUUUUUGCUUUUUUAUUGUAGAUUUUAUGAAUUAUGUUUGCUGAAAUAUAAUAUUGAAUAAGUCAAUGAUUACAUUUUUCGACUCGGACAAGUAAGGUUAGAGCUCACUGAUAGAUAUUAAAGCAUUUAAUGUCUAAGGGA